ACUUUCAAGCGCCUGUGCGAUAAAUUGACAUUGACAACGAACUUGGAAACUGAUUUUGGACGUCUUCCUCUUGCAAAAUGACAGCCCUUAGUAUGGGCGCUUUUGGCGCCUAUCGGUUACAAUACAGUAAAUAUUUAAAAGAACAAGACGAGAUGGCGAGGAAAGAAAGUGAAGAUCCGGAAACUGUGUGGGUAACAAAACGUUAUAUUCCAACAGAUUUACGGACGACUGCACCUGUCCCUAGACACAAGUUAUUAGCCCCAAAACAACUUCCAUUUCCAGACCGGCACUGGGUUCCCCCUACAGAUCCACCACUCAGAGGUUUUGAACGGAAAACGCUUCCAGUCAUUUUUAGAUCUCAUCCAAGUACAAGAUCUGAACAAUAUUCAACACUUCGACAAAUGUUGCCGUCAAAGGGAAGUUAUGGUACAUUUCCACCUCCUCGCUGGGGAACUGGAUGUGGUGUUCCAGUGGUGUAUGAAGAGCGACCCCAAAAGAGAUUUCCUAUCAUAAAUAGUCCAAUGACAAUGUACGUAGAUGAGAUGCAUACGACCAACAAAUUGUUCAAGUUACACUAGAGAAAGAGGAGUUAUUCUUACUCGAAACCCAGAAACGAAUUUAAACGAUUGCUUCUUUAUCAUAUAGUUAUUCACAUGACUGAACCAAACUUGUUUGCUUUCCUUCUACAAUCAUAAAAAGAUACUAUUUUAUUCCAUACCAGUAUUCAGUGUGCUAGACGAUCUCUUGUAACUAUUAAACCAUUCAGUAUUAUGUCAUAAAAUAUUGUUAUUAUUGUUGAAAAUUUGUUUGUAACCUGUCUUUCUUGUUAGAUAUAUUUUUGAUAGAUGUUUUUCACAUUUUAUAGAUACACUGCAUUUGAAAAUACCAUUGACAAUUUGUUAUCUACAACUAAAGAUCAGUUCGACCAGAGUGUUAUAUUUGUAAGUCGUUUUCUUGAUGUUGAACGAGAUUAUUGACAACAGGCGGGAGAAAGUACAACCACAUGCGCAUUAAAUAUAACGAAAUGUCAAUGGUAUUUUUAAGCAUGGUGUAUGUGUUUUUCACAGUAUUACUAUAAAUUCAUUAGUCACUUCAGUAUUAGUGUAAACAGUAUUUAAAGUCUUGCUCAAGUACCUUUUGUUAUGCAAUACUUACUUGUUAUAAAUGUUUUUGAGAGUUUAACAUACCAUUGUUGUUUAUAGAUUUUCAUGUUUUGCAUAAUCUGCUGUCAUAAUAAAAUCAAUUUUAAAUAUC